GCUACAAAACAAAAACACUAUAAAUUGUACAGUUAGAGUCAUAAUAGCUUCUAUAUAUAUAGUCUACAGAGCUACAGUACAGCACAGUCAUUAAACUAUCAUUGCAAUAGCUAGACCAUAGAGAUGUCGUCAACAGUGUCUUGUCGACCUGGAGUCAUGCCGGCCACCAAGUCUUAUAUUGUGAGGCGACUGGAUGGGGCUGAGCAAGAAGUCACUCUGCUCAAGAAAGCAACGGGCAAUGAUUGUCUGGACAGGGUUUGCCGAUCUCUUGGGAUACUUGAAAAAGAUUAUUUUGGAUUGAGAUACUUGGACAAGAAUAGCGAAUAUCUAUGGAUCAAUCUUCGCAAUCCCCUCCACGAACAAAUCGUCCCCGGCAACCGUCCGAUAAUGGAGAUGAGAGUUAAAUACUUUGUGCGACCACACAAGAUCUUGCAACCUAUCACGAGGCUCCACUUCUACAAGCAGCUGCGACGAGACCUCAUCCAAGGCAAGCUCAAGGUGAACACAGCCCUCAAGGCGUCACGACUCAACGCUCUCAUGGCUCAGAUCGAGAACGGAGACUUCACCACUAGCACAAAAUACAAGCACAAGAUCAUGUGCCAAUCUGACAACGACAACAUGGAUGCACGCAUAAAGAGAGAGCAUCACAAACUGGCAGGCACUUCGUUUGAUGUGGCCAUUGAGAAGUUUCUUGAGGAGGCUUCUCUACUGGAGUUGUACGGAGUGGAGGUGUAUCACGUACUGGACAGUCACCAUACCCCAAAGGUCAUUGGGGUCGGCCCGGAGAGUGUGCAUGUUCAUUCAAUUUCCAUGGAGCCCAUUAAAAGGUUCUCCUACUCUUCAAUCAAGUACACUGCCUUCCACGCUAAGAAGUUCACAGCUCUGGUAUCUUCCAACAAAGACUCAGUACACACCGAACAAGUCGACUUUGAACUCAAAAGCCGAGCAUCUGCACAAGCGCUGUAUCGCACUAUCACAGAAUUUCACACCUUUUUCAGAAGAGAUACGGUUACUAGGGUCGUCAAAAUGGCCGGUUAUUGCAAGUCACUCCUUGGAAAUUUCAAGGGGCAAAAUCCAGAUCGAUUCUAUUUUGAUGUAAUGAAGACACAUCGCGAAGUGGUUGAUAAAGUAUGGUCUGUAUUACAUCCGAGCACGGUACUGGAUACUUCGGAUGACCGAUCAUCGCACAGCGGCUCGUCCCCUCGUACCCCCCACAGAGAACAACGCAGGGGGUCCACCAGUUCAAUUCCCCCUCCCCUACCGCCCCCCAUGAGGAACAUGCAUCGGAACGGUAGUAUUCAACGUAGCAGCUCGGACGCAGACUCUCAUCAAUCCUCACAACGUCUACCCCCCUACACUCAGCGAAGCAUCAGUUCAGAGUUCAUCCGAGGUAUGGCCAGACGAGGGAAUCUCCCCACCCAUGGACCACACAUGGCAUCUACAGCAUCGUUUAACCCCUACCUAUCUCCGUCCAUCUCCGAGAACGGGACAGACACUGAAGACGAAAGUGUGUACGCUAGCGGAGGCUCCGAUUGCUACGUUUCUAUGUCAACGCGCUCUGAUCCCAGCUACAUCUUGAGCACCCGUUCAGAUCCGGGAAGUCAUCGAAUUUUACCCGACUUGGCGGGAGACCGACAGCGACGAGGACAAAGCAUGGGGCAAAAUGUCCACGCAGAUGUUGUUUCAGGUGCCGAAAUGUACAUGACAUCUGGUGACUCGGACAUUAGUACCGGGAGUGGUCGUAUCAACUCCCCACCUCCCCUCUACUCUGAAGUGGACCCAGGACACACGGUGCCUCACCACGAGUACGGCUACAAUAGCAGUGUUGAAGGAAGCGUGAACUUUGUUGGUCCGAUUAUCCCAAUAUCAGGUGAUCCUGAAGUGAGUGGAGAUCAAAUAGUUGACUUCGACACUGGCACUGUGCUCACGAGAACACGAGAGCUGGAGGGAGAGCUGCAGAGAUUGAGAACAGCCAUGACUUGUCGAUUAUGUAAACAGAAUCCGAUUGGUGCAACAUUUUGUCCGUGUGGUCACACUGUGUGUUGCUUUUCGUGUGCACAACGAUUGAGAACGUGUUGGGAGUGUGAUCAAGUUGUGAACUCAGUACAGAGGAUGCUCCUCACUACAGUAUAGCGGGUUUCCAUAGCAACAUCUCGUUGUACGUGUAUAAUAUUAUAUAUAGCUAUUUUUUGGGUUCCUUUUUUUACAGCUGUUUCUCAUCUUGUUAAUCAUUCCAUCCCUGUAUUAAUUUUGUCGUUAAAUUUCUGUCAAAAAUUAAUGCUGUCUUGAUAAUAAUAAUUAAUGUGUUUAUAAUUUAGUAUUAUAUACGUACACUGCAUAACCACCAGUCAGUAUGGACCUCCCACGUACAUGCAGUGCAGGGACCCCCCGCCAAGAUGUCAAUUCAUUGUGUUUGUACUCAUCACUCAAAACUCAGUCAUUCAGAAUAAUAAAAUUUAUAAUUAUUCUAAAAAUGAAAUUAAUAUUUUUUGA